AUGUGUCUCUGUGUAUAUGAGAAUGUGGUGUUUUCACAACCCAAUGCCUGGCUUCUUCACUACGAUGGCUUAGGGAGAAUAUUACAAUCUCGGGGCCCAAAGCCUUUGAAAAGCCAGGAAGAGAAGCAGAUAUGGCGUGUCGCAAGAUACUACAUUCUUCUUUCGGCCGGACAUCAACGGAAACGCUGCUUCCUCGAACAACCACAAUGGGCUAGUACCCACCUUAUACCAACGAGCGAUACACCUGAUAGAUUCGAUCUUCUUCUGGACCUAUUCUCUCAAUUUCCUGGCAUCAUCGACGAGUAUGAUCAACUACGACAGUCCUCAUGUAUAGAUGUUGAAAGGUCGGGCGCAUUCCGACUAAGAGUGCAAUCACUCGUGGACGGUUUACACGCCUGGUGCAAAGACGGAUCAUGGUUAGUCACCGUUGAUCCAAUUCUCAUAGAGAGCAGUCAAAAGCGUCUUCCGGAUGAUCCGAUGGACUGUGUCUCCCUGGCAGUGUGUUACGCCAUACUUCUCUGCCUCAUCCAACCAUGCGAUUGUUUGAAUAUCAACAUCAUCACUGGACAGCAAAAUAAUGAAUCAGAUAGCGCGGAUGCGGCAUCUCGAGUAACAGGUCUAGCAGCAGAGAUCUGUCGCUUUGCGAACCAGGCACUUCGGGCAGGAGAUGCUGCGAGUCUUGCACUGCUGCUUAUAUAUCCCUUACAAAUAGCUUGGUAUUGCUUGCAAGUUACGGCAGGAGACCUGGCCCCUGUCAAACAGGUUCUGGACUCUGGCAUCGCUGACUCGCAUGGUUUUGAGCUGGGAAGAAUGCGCCAGUGGAAUGAAGAGGUUACCAAUUAUGGAAGAUAUGGGUUCUUGUAUAGUUAG